AUGGAGGAAAUUCUUAAUGUCAGAUGUUUAAUGUUUCUUAUCAAAAAAGCAACACGAUGUGAAACAGAAGCAGGAAAAUAUUCAGAAAUCACCAAAAUAUUUCGAAGCUUUCGCAAUUAUUUUGUAAAAAAUUCAUCUUCUCAAAACUAUCUAUUUCGAAAUUCAAAGCUUUAUGAAAACAGCAAGAAAGCAUUUGACACGAGGAUGGGCUUAGAACUUAUGGCAUGA